AUGAGUAAUUCAGUUGGUCUCGGAAAUGUAUGGAGAUUUCCGUUUUUAGCAGCACAAAACGGCGGUGGUGCAUUUUUGAUACCCUAUUUCAUUCUCUAUUUUUUAAUUGGUGCUCCGUUGUAUUAUCUGGAAUUAUCAUUGGGACAAUUUUCUAGUCGUGGACCAGCGAAAGCGUUCAUCUUAGCUAAAGGAUGGCAAGGUGUUGGCAUUGCUAUGAUCAUCAAUUCAGUGUUCACUAUGCUAUACUACAACGUGGUCAUUAGUUGGGCUUUAUUUUAUUUUGUACUAUCAUUUCGAAAACGACUCCUAUGGGCUGAUUGCGGAUAUUGGUGGAAUACGUGUGCUUGUUUUGUGCCAGGAAAUACUGGUCGACCGCAAGGAUGCAACGAGAUUGAUUUGGCAGCUUUAAGUAACGUAUCGAAUGCCACUGCUCUGAAGAGAACUCCAGCAACAGAUGAGUUCUACAAGUAAGAGCCUAUACU